AUGGAACCAAAUCGCGCUGCUUUUGAAGAUGGAAUCAACGAGGAACUUACACGAUUGAAUUAUGUCUAUAGAUUGGAAAAGUAUAUUGUUAUGAGUAGGCUUCAUUCCACAAAUGAACACGGGGAAUUGAUGCUGAAAUACUCGAUAGAUUUUCGAGAGCCUGCAGAUGUGAUCGGUAGAUCCUCGACAAGAUUACACAGAAUGCAGGCGAUGGAAAGCGAGAUAUUGAAUUUCCAUUUACGAGAGGUCUCACCGAUGAGUUCCGGUGGCGUGGGAAAUUUGAGCUUUCUAGAGACUAGGGAGCCGAUGAUAGAGCCAUCGCAACCUACAACCCACCAUCACGGCGAUCCCUCUGUUGUCUUGCCUCUGAGUCAGUUUAAAGUUUCAGAAACGCCCAAUCUGGCUUCCCCUUCCGUCGGAAUGGAUGCUUCUGCUUUGCGGAAAAGACACUCUUCUGUCGCAUCAGAUUCCAGCGGAAAUAAGCGAGCGAAGCUGUCGAACGACAACAAGCCUCCUUGUUUGCGCUGCAAAAUAUUGAAAAAGAAGGUCCGUGCGAGGAUUCUUACUCUUUUUUGAGAUGAUUUGUUGACGAGAAUUAGUGUGAUUCUGAGGAUCUGUGCGCCCACUGUCCUCAGCAGAGUUUCGAUAACGAGAAUGAUUACUGGAAGGUUCUUGGUUGUGUUCGUGGUCAUCUGAGAGAUGUGGCUAGUGUGUUUUGUCCGGGUAAGAGUUCUGGAGUAUCUCCUCGCAUUCCUUUUUCUGCGAUCCUGGACAAAUCCAGAACUUGGUUUCGUUGCUUCUAGGCAGUUUUUGUAUAAUGUUGACAUGCCCACAUUGCCAAAGAUUACAUGCUAACAUAACUGAUCAGAUUUCGCAAGAAAAAACACGAGAGUCCUCAAAUGUCAAUCAGGAAAUCUUCUCGUGGUUGACUUCGUCCUGACAAAAUCUCGAGUCUCUAUUGGCAAAAAGAAGCGAAUACUGCAGCUUCUCCAAAAUCGACCCGAUUUCGCUCAACUCCAUGACCAAUCUUGGGGUGAUACAGCGAGCCGUAUACUUCUCAGCCAAUUUGCACAAACCCAACAGGAACCUGCAGUGAGCAUGAGCUCACGAAUAGUUCAGCCCUGUUUGAAGACUAUGAAGCUAUCUGGGCUUUGCUUCAAACCGUUUCAAUGGAUCCAGUUUAUGCUGGGGCAACGGAGUGUAAUGUUUUCACGUUAUUGCGUCUUGGAAACUCGUGUUCGAAAACUGCACCCGUACGCUUGUCUGUCCAAAUUCUCGUAUUCUACUAAUCAUUACGCAGGCUUCUUGGGAGAUAUUUCGUCAAAGUAAACUUUUAUUGCGCCAAGCUGUUGAGCUCUAUCUAUUAGAACGUCUUUGCGGCCACAUCGCUUCCGGAGACCUCACAGGCUCGCCGCCUUUCGAUCCAACGAAGCUCCCUCAAUCGAAUACUUUGAUUCUUGUCGAAAUCAAAGAAGACAUGGAAAAGUUCCUAGAAAGCUUCGAGCGAAUCUGUGUUGGCCGUGGGAAACUUUCGGGCGAAUCACAACUUGCUUGCUUUUAUGCCUUGAUGGUAUUUAGUAUAGCCAAGGGACUUCUCAUUGACGCAUACUCGGUAAGAAAUACAUGUGACGAUGUGAGUCCUUGGGAUGAAACUUGUGCGCUUCGAAUCAAUAGUGCAUUCAAGACACUUGUCAGUGUAUUCGGCUGGUCCUCGAAACAAGACAUCAUGCUUGAAUAUCAUUUGCAUCCCUUGGCGUCCAAAGCCAUUGCUGCGACUCAAAAGAUGGUAUGUGUUGAGAAAUGGGACGAACGAGGAUUCAAAACGUCAAGGGAUUUUCUGUCGAGUCUUGGGUCACUCCUCUUUGCCAAUGACUCUUACAAUGGGUUCUUCAGGCAGAAAUUCGGGCUGGAAAAGUUUCCUGUUUAUUUGUCCAAUAUACAAACACCAACUCGAGCUAACGAAAGUCUUCGCAAUCAUGUUUCCUCUUCAUCUAAAAAGGUCCCACCUUUCAAAAUACACGAAUUUCCUGCGGCAGCUCAUGCCGAGCGGGAUUUUUCUGGAAGUCCGGAUACCAUUUCCUCUGACCUUGAGUUGGCCACAGUGCUAGGAAAAAGGAGACGUGUGUCCCUUUCUCCGGAGUCGGAUGAAUCACAGUCCUUGUUUACACUUAUCGGAUAUGGUGAGCCAACUCGGCGUGCUAAUGGCGGACGCCGUGGAGAAUUGGACCAGUAA